AUGUCACUCAGCCAUACCAAAGGAGGAUACGAUGCCAUGCGUGACUACCAGGUGAACAUGGUCACUGCAUUGGUUCUGAACAAAAAGUAUAAUUUCACACACAUUGUCUUCCAUUAUAUGGCAGAGAAUAUUACUACAAAGAGAUGGACUUGGACUUAUCCAAGAUUCGUGCAAAUGUUGAUCGAUCAUGCAUAUCCAGAGAUUGAAGGUGAUUUGAAGAAUGAUUUGUUAGUUCAGUCACACAUGAGCAGUGAUUCUCUCAAGCAGCUUGCUAGAUAUCACCCAAACCAUCCAGAACCAAAGAUAUGUGCUGAAUUCUUCGGAUAUAUCAAAGAUGUCAAUUACGUUGAUCCUGAUCCAGUUAAUCACCAAAACUGGAGAAAUGAAGAAGAAAUGAAGGAAGCAGCUUACGUUGAUGAGCUUAAAACACUUGAGGAGUUCAAAACCACCCGAAAUGACUGGUUUGUCAAAGAAACGAGGAGGAGAGGCAAGAAGGUUACCCCUAAAUCACAGGAGGGUGAGGGGUCUUCAUCACAACCAAAGAAAAAGCAAAAGAAAGUGGCAAAGACGUUAUUGGUUGAUGAGCCUGAAGUUGAAGAGCCGGUGGUAACUGUGGAAAAAGAUCCGUAUGCUGAUAUUGAUCAAGUGAUGUUAAAUGUUGAUGAUUUAGUGUCUGAGCAAGCAGCUAAUGUAGAAGCUGAGAAAGAAAAGGUUAUUAAUGAUGUUGAAGGUGAUGAUGUAAAUAAAAGUACAACAAGCUCUUCGAGUUCUUCUGAUGAUGAAAUAGAUGAGACUGAACGUCUAAAGAGAAUUCAAGAAGCUAUAGAGAAAGAGAAACAAUUGAAAAAGAGGAAGAGACAAGAAAAAUAUGAUGACGCAUACGUUCCAUCUCCAAAGCAUGUUUCUGAAUCGCAAUCACCUUCAAGUGGUAGAAAGAAAGCCGGAACGAGGAAAAGAAUCGUAUCUCCAAAGAUAAAGAAAGUUACUACAAAGAUUACAAAGCCAAAGAUUGUUCUCAGGAAGAAACCAGCCAAGGAACCCAGUAAACCACCAACACCACCACCUGAACCUACACCACAACAAUCACCACCACAUCAAACACCUCCACAACAACCUACACCUCCACAACAGCCUAAACCCCCACAAUAA